UAUUGUCCUCGUGAAUUUCCUUGAAGAUGGCAGCAUGUCUGUGACAGGAGUUAUGGGACAUGCUAUACGGACUGUUGAAAUUGUGAACGAUGGGGACCAGAGAGUGAGCGAGAAGCUGAUUCAUUUGUUCACGUCUGGAGACUGCCAAGCAUACAGCCCUGAGGAUUUGGUAAAGAGAAAGAAUAGCCUAAAGGCAUGGCUAGAGAAGAACCACAUCCCUGUUACUGAACAGGGAGAAUCGCAACAGACAAUCUGUGUGGCUCAGGUACUGACUAUAGAACCACCCUAUGGCCCGGAAAAUUGCAUCAGUUCUAAUGAGAUUAUUUUGUCCCGUGUCCAGGAUCUUAUUCAAGGACAUCUUACAGCUUCCCAAUAG